GUGUUUCGUCAAUAUUUACUGAGGGCGGAUAUGGCGAAGUACGUCUGGAUCUUUCUCAGCUGCGCCCUGAUCCUCCCGUUUGUCUGGACCAAGAAGGACAUUCCAGAGGACAAGAAGAUCAAGAAGGACCUGCGGGACUACACGGACGCGGACCUGGAGCGGCUGUACGAGCAGUGGGAGGAGGAUGAGGAGCCGCUGGAGGAGGAUGAGCUCCCAGAACACCUCCGCCCGCCCCCCAAGAUCGACCUGUCCAACCUCAACCCCGACAGACCGGAAGAUCUCAUCAAGAUGAGCAAGAAGGGCCGGACCCUGAUGAUGUUUGUGUCAGUGUCCGGCAACCCCACCCAGAAGGAGACGGAAGAGAUCACCCAGCUGUGGCAGACGAGCCUGUUCAACGCAAACUACGAGGUGACCAGGUAUGUUGUGUCGGAUGACCGCGUCAUCUUCCUGCUGAAGGACGGCAGCAAGGCAUUCGAGGUCGGGGACUUCCUGGUCCAGCAGGACCGCUGUGCGGAGGUCAGCUUCGAGAACCAACAGUUCCCUGGGAAGGGCGCUGCACAGGGAGGGGAGGAAGACGACAACAGUGCCAAGAGCAAGAAGUCAUCUGGAAAUAAAGCAAGCAAUGAUGAAAACAAGAUAAAAAAGAAGAAAACAGAACUAUGACAGGGAGCAGGCAAAGUUAAGGCAGAAGCUUGUAUCUAAAUGUAUCAAUCUUGGCAUUCUUGCCUGCCUUUCCUUAGAGGAAAUUGGGUGGGUUGGGCAGUUGUUACAAUGUGUAAUGAAUAAUUUGUGUAGAUUUAAAGUUAUUAAGAAAUUGUGGUGUCACUAUCAUUGAAUCAUAUGAUUAUUUAGCACUAUUAUCAUUGUGCAGUCAAAGGGACCACAAGGUGCUAGAUUAAAUGGAAAACCUGUGUAAAGUACAGCAUGUUGGAGCUGAUAGAUACCGUGUGAAGCAUUGCAGAAGUUUGUGUCUCUUUCCAAAAGGAGACCAUUUUUAUCCAGCCUUCAUGUGCUCUGUCAUAUUUCACAACCAGACUGGGUCCCAUCCUUUUGGUAGUCAUUUUGUUCAGAAAUACGUAGGUGCAGUUUGGGAAUUAAACUCUUUCUGCUCAAAGCAAAGCAAAGCAAUAUUAUCAUGCUACCAGUAUUUCACAUUUUUUAUUUACAUAGUAAACAGCACUAUCAUUGUGUAUUGAAUCUAGUGAAUUAUAGGUUCUAUGUUAACCUUUUUUAUUUUCAAAGAAAAAUCAUUGAAUGAUUAAUGCACAUAAUAUUCCAUGUAAUAAAUCAAACGAUCAGCAAUGAAUAUUUACUAGUACUCCUGCUGAUCAGCAGUGGUACUUGUGGCAACAUCAAGGAGUCAUAAUAAUACUGUGGGGAAAUUUUUUAUUAUUGCCAAAUAAUGUGUCAAAAUUGUCACUGAAAGAAUUUGAUAUGUGAAUCACAAACAAAAUUUACAGUCAGUUAAGUGCCUUUAAGUGAUAAAGGACUCCAGGCAGAUGUUGAAGGGGAAGAUAAGUACACAAGCUUAUUCAUGCCCAAACAAACAUUGCUAAGGGCCCUGGGAAGGAGAGUAGAUGCAUUUCCUGUUUGGGUACAGGAUUUUAGUGAAGCCAUAUAUUGUAUGCCAAAAUGCAUGGAAGGAGUAGUGGCCUAUGUACUAGCCAAGGUGUUCUGGAUAUCAUCAACUGCAUCAUUCUCUGAGGUGAGUGUAGUUGUGUGAUUAGUAGGGCCGUGCCUAAACUGAUGGAAACCAUCAAUGUGAAAAUAAUCGGAAAGGUGCUGAUUAAACAAUGAUUCACAGCC